GAUUGUUAUGAAUAAUGACCCACCUUGUAUGAGAAAAAUUACAUAUCGGUAAAACAGAGCCCUACCAGUCCAGCUCUUGAACCUUAACCUCAAUUUCGCUCGAUCACAGAAAUGGCGCAAAGUAAAUUAAACGACUUGGCAAGCAAGUUUGGCAAGGGGGGCCCGCCGGGCUUAGGCUUGGGCCUCAAAUUGUUAGGUGUUGGUGCCGCCGCCGCUUACGGUGUUGCACAAUCCAUGUACACAGUGGAGGGAGGCCAUCGUGCGAUAAUCUUCAGCCGAAUCGGCGGCGUGCAGAAGGAGAUUUACGCCGAGGGUCUCCACUUUCGUAUCCCAUGGUUUCAGUAUCCGAUAAUCUACGACAUAAGAUCUCGUCCGCGCAAAAUCUCCUCCCCCACCGGCUCCAAAGAUCUGCAAAUGGUCAACAUCUCUCUGCGAGUGCUGUCCCGACCCGAAGCCAGCGCGAUUCCGGUCAUGUACAGGCAAUUGGGGCUCGAUUACGACGAGAAGGUGUUACCGUCGAUCUGUAACGAGGUCUUAAAGUCGGUCGUCGCCAAAUUCAACGCCGCUCAGUUGAUAACGCAGCGACAGCAGGUCUCGCUGCUGGUCAGAAGAGAGUUGGUGGAGCGCGCGAAGGACUUCAACAUCAUCUUGGACGACGUCUCGAUUACGGAGCUCUCGUUCGGGAAGGAGUACACGGCCGCCGUCGAGGCCAAGCAGGUCGCACAGCAGGAGGCGCAACGGGCCGCCUUCGUAGUCGAACGUGCCAAACAGGAGCGACAGCAGAAGAUCGUUCAGGCGGAGGGUGAAGCGGAAGCUGCAAAAAUGUUGGGAGAGGCGAUCGGCCUGAACCCCGGCUACCUUAAGUUGCGCAAAAUUCGAGCCGCCCAAAAUAUCGCGCGAACGAUCGCCAACUCGCAGAACCGCGUCUACCUCAACGGUAACAGCCUUAUGUUGAACAUCCAAGAUCCGGAGUUCGACGACCAAUCCAAUAAAUUAAAAAGUGGGGAGGCGCCUCAAUCGCGUAGUGAUCCAAGAUCGCGUUCCCUUUUAGAUGUACUCGACAAUAUUACAAAAAAAGUUUGAAUUUUGUUUUUUUAUAAUCGUCAGAUGAAAGCAUAUUUUUGUAUUAAUUUUACAUUAUUCGUACUUAUAUAUUAUUGAAAAAAUAUUCAAUGCUUCUAUGAAAGUUAUAUCUCAUGUUUGGACAAUGGAAGUGUGUUGAAGGUUGUACAGUUUUAAAUAACAGUUGAAAAUCUUUUA